AUGGAGGUGUGGCAAGACAUAGAGAACGUGAUCAUGGGGAGUGACAGUGGUGGUGGUGGUGAGGAGGUGGACCCUGAGUCAGAGGUGGUACAGAUGCAACAUUGUGAGACCUCCAGCAACGGCUACGACGCGGACCCGUGGCCUCCGACCUCCUAUGCGGAUCUGAACCGACCGUUCGUCACCCCCAUGUUCUAUCCCAAGGAGGACGGGGACAGGAUAAAAGUCGAGGACCAAUGUCCGACAGAAACCACUUACUCUAGACAACCCAUGGUCGGCAGUUACCUUCCCUUGCCCUCAGGGUCGCAUGUGUUCCCUACGCCUACUCAUCAUCCUCACUACCCGUAUAAUCAAGCGCCCUUCGUAUCUCCGGGUCCUAGAUGUGUAGUUCCUCUGAGUCAGAUCUCUCCGCCCGAUACUCCGGAGACGUUUCGUACCCACACUGUCCAUCAGUACGGCCACGGACUAGGAGCGGAGGACCAUCCCUCACACCACUUUAUGCUCAUCACACCGCCGUCGUCUCCACACGUGUCGACACUCCACGGACCCCCGGACCUACGACACAGGCACCCCGGACACACGUUCCACCCCGGACCUCACACUCUGCCCGUGCUGCCCGCGCCGGCCGCCGUCAAGUCUCUCGUCAACAAGACUCGUCGUCGUCAGAACUGGACCAGGAGGAAGGUGAUCGUCCACACGUGCUCUCACUCCGGCUGCGGCAAGACCUAUACCAAAUCCUCCCACUUGAAGGCUCAUCUCCGCACCCACACGGGCGAGAAGCCGUACCAAUGUCAGUGGAAGGGCUGCGGCUGGAAGUUCGCGCGGUCCGACGAGCUCACUCGACAUUACAGGAAACACACGGGAGAUCGUCCUUUCCAGUGCAGACUCUGCGAUAGAGCGUUUUCGCGCUCCGACCAUCUCUCGCUGCACAUGAAGCGGCAUAUCAAUAUUUAGGGGUAAUUGUUAAUGUUGGUAUGUAGAGAAAAACUAAAUAUCGUUGAAAUUUCCAUAUUUAGUGAUCCAAUGUUACAAUUGUUGUAAUUGAAACGUACGUUAAUCAAACAAUCUCACAUUACGACAUACAAUAAGAUAAACAAUCUAGACCGUUAAGACAUAUUGUUCCUACAUUAUUUGUAAACUAUUUGUUAUUGUUUGCUGCUGCUCAAGUAGCUUUCGGUCUCAGU